GCGCGCAGCGGUAGUUCGUCGAUGAGCGUCGUCACGCGCGGACUGCUGCCGAUUUCCUACCGAUUUAAUUGAUCUUUAUUUAUUUAUAUUUUUCUUCUUCUUUUUCUUGUCACCUUUCAACACAAGAGCAGUUUCCAAGGGACAAUGGCAGCGCCAGUCACGCAUCUCGAUGUCGGCAUGCGCUGCAUCAAGUGUCUACUAUGUGCUGUCAAUUUCGUUUUUGUGCUCACCGGCAUCCUAAUACUCUCGAUGAGCCGCGUCAUCUACGACAUAUACAACAACUUCUCGUACUUCCUGGACUCGAGUUACUUCUCGCCCGCCACCGUCCUCGUCACCGUCGGCGUGUUCAUCAUCAUCGUGGCCUCCCUCGGCUGCUACGGCGCCCUCAAGGAGAGCACCUUCUUGGUUCUGGCCUUUGCGUUUGCUCUGUCGGUGGUGCUCGUCCUCGAGUUCGCUGCAGCCAUCGCCGCGUACGUCCUCCAAGCCGACAUAGUUGCCCUCCUUAACGACAAGAUCAAUCGCACCAUGCACCAGUACGACGACAACCUCGACGCCAAAGCGGCCAUAGACUCCUUGCAGUACAACUUGCAGUGCUGCGGAUACAAUGGGCCGAGCGACUGGGUGGACGUGGGUUUGCGCACCUCGCACGUGUACAACGCCCCGGACUCUUGCUACUGGCACUGUCACGCCGACAAUGGGGGCCCGUUCAGUUAUCAGUGCGCCGAUCCGGAGGGCUGCCACGAAAAAUUGGCCCACCUCGUCAACUGCAGCGCGGCUUACCUCAUCACCGGGGCCACCAUGAUUGCCCUCAUACAGGUGGCGGGAAUAAUGUUUGCUUGCAAACUGGGGCGCGCGAUAAGGAAGCAGAAGACGCUGCGGGAGAUGCGCAGGUGGCAGAUGCGGGCUAGCCUCCUGAACGGGUACGUGCCUCUGGGCAAGACGGACCCGACCUCGACCUACCCGGUCGUCUACAUGAAGACAUAAAUAAAUUAAUUAAUUAAAAAAGGGACGUUUUGCGCUUGCCGAUAGCUAAAUGUAUGGUGUGUGCAGGCUGUUACGAGUCUUUUUGGAUGUUUAUAAAUCCAAGGAUGUACUUACGUGUGGCCUUUUUUUUGUUGUAAACGAGAAAUUGAAGGAAUUCGCGUUGUGAUGAUUCUUUUUUUUUUUUUACAUUCGCCAACGGAUUGUUAUCAUAUCCGAGAGAUUCUCGAAAGACAAUAGGUGCAUUGGGAAAUUGUCGACGAGAAUACAAUAAUAUGGUUCA